AUGCUCAGGAAUCAAGGCACAAAGGACCAAGUUAUUGAUCCAAAGGCAAUAGAGAAUGAAAGAUUGAAACGCGAGGAAGAGGAGAUAUUGAGAUCAUUGCAAGCGACUGCAGUGCCGUUGGUGUCGGUGAAGGAUCGUGCCAAAGACAUUGUGUAUACUCAGAGCAUGAGGUCAUCAUGGAGACCACCAUCACACAUCCGUAACAGGUCGGACGAGGACAAUAGGAAGUUGAGAGAGGAGUUGCACAUAUUGGUGACGGGCGAGAACAUACCGCCACCAAUCACAAGCUUCAAGGACAUGAAGUUGCCACCAACGGUCAUUGACUAUUUGAAGAAGAAAGGCAUCAAGAAACCCACACCCAUUCAGAUCCAGGGCCUGCCCGUGGCAUUCAGUGGCAGAGACAUGAUUGGCAUUGCGUUCACUGGAAGUGGCAAGACAUUGGUGUUCACACUGCCCAUGGUCAUGUUUGCUUUGGAGGCAGAGAAGAAGCUCCCAUUGGUCUCAGGCGAGGGACCCAUCGGCCUCAUCAUUUGCCCCUCACGUGAGCUCGCCAGACAGACGUACGAUGGUGUCGUGGCGAUAUCCGAGGCGUUGGCCAGUGGCGGAGCACCAAAGCUCAGGACAAUGCUCUGUAUGGGAGGAAUAAGCAUACGUGAUCAGGAGCCCGAGUUGCGCAAGGGCGUGCACAUGAUCGUGGCCACACCAGGCAGACUGCUGGACAUGCUCAACAAGAAGAAGAUCAAUCUGAUAUCGUGUAUAUAUCUCGGUCUGGACGAAGCCGAUCGUUUGAUUGAUCUUGGAUUCGAGGAGGAGAUCAGAGGCGUCAUGGACAGCUUCACAACUCAGCGACAGACAUUGCUCUUCUCGGCUACGAUGCCCAAGAAGAUCCAGACAUUUGCCAGGAGCGCGCUGGUGCUGCCCGUAGAGGUCAACGUCGGUCGUGCCGGUGCGGCCAAUCUCGACGUCAUUCAAGAAGUCGAGUACGUCAAGCAAGAGGCCAAGAUUGUAUAUUUGCUCGAGUGUCUACAAAAGACAGCGCCGCCAACAUUGAUCUUUUGCGAAAACAAGAAGGACGUGGACGAUAUCUAUGAGUACCUGUUGCUCAAGCAAGUGGACGCAGUGGCACUGCACGGCGACAAGACACAGGAGGAGAGAGAUAUCGCCAUCAAGCAGUUCAAGGAUGGCAAGAAGGAUGUGCUGGUCGCUACGGACGUGGCGUCCAAGGGUCUGGACUUCCCCGACAUCCAGCAUGUCAUCAACUUUGACAUGCCCAAGGAGAUUGAGAACUACAUUCACAGGAUUGGAAGAACAGGACGUUGUGGCAAGACCGGUGUGGCAACGACAUUCAUCAACAAGAACCAGACCGAGGCCGUAUUGCUCGAUCUCAAGUAUCUACUGAUGGAGUCCAAGCAGAAGGUGCCCGAGGUGUUGCUCGAGAUACCAGAUGAGCAGCAGCAAGUUUAUGAAGAGGGACAGGAGUGUGACUUUUGUGGAGGUAGAGGCCAUCGUGUUGCCAACUGUACCAAGCUCAAGUUGCAAUCCAAGCAGACUGCUCCAAGAAGAGACGCUCUCAAGGAUUAA